AUGAUUACGCCGUUCUUCACAAUCUCACAAGACGAUGAGUUCAUCUUUAUCGAUGUGAAAAUCAGUCAUGUUCGUUUCAGCGCUCAAAACAUUGAAAUGGUGGUGGAAAAUGAAUUGUUUAUCUUCUCAUUGGCUCCAUAUUACUUGAGAGUAAGGUUGCCCUUCCCAUGUGUAGAUGAUGAACGUUCACACGCUGAGUUUGAUUCCAAGAGUGAAUGUGUCAAGGUGAAGAUCCCCAAGGAAAACCGGGGCCAAUUUUUCCCCGAUUUAGAUCUUACUUCAAAAUUAUUGGCAAGAGUCAAUGAACCAUCUACAACUGAAGUCAAACAAAAUGGUACCACUAAACCAUUGAUUCAAGAACUUGAUAUUAAUAACGAUAUAAGUACAGGAGAAGCUGGUCCCACAGAAAAUACCAUUGAAGCCACUGGUGAACAAUUUAAUUGGGAGAUUUCUCAAACUGCAGCCACACAAGACUCAUCUGAACCAUCACAACUUACUCCAGAUAACAACUAUGGGUUCAAUAACGUACAUUCUGGAAUCAUCGGAGUUUCGAUUUCGAAUGGUAAUGAUAUUAAUGAGCUUGGUGACCCAGAAACAACAUCAUCAUCCGAUCGUAUCAUGGAACGACUUAUUAAGGAGAAUAUCAAAUUCGAUCCUGAAUAUUAUGCUGCUGAUUAUAUCAUGCAAAAAUAUCCUUCUCCAGAUGAUGAUAAACUCUUUCUGAGACUUCUUGAAUGGAAGUCCCCCACCACUAAAAAAGUUAUGAAAUGGUACAAGGAGAACAAAACGGGGAUUAUGACGGUGGACUUUUCCACCAAGGAACAAGAACAAAUGCUUGAUCUCCCCAGAAAAUCAUAUAUUUUAGAAGAACAACAAAAGCAAGAGUUGCUCACGUUGUUGGUUUCUUUGUUGUUUGCUUAUCAUUUCGAUUUAAGAGAAACCGAAGGUGAUAAUAACAUUGAGAGUGCAUGGACAAUUGGAAGAUUAACUCCUCAAAUUUCCUUCUUAGAUGCCGCCAUAGUGCAAGGAGCAGUAGAACAAAAUGUUCUCAAGGCUACAGUCAUCACCAGUGUUAGAAGAGCAUUGUCAUACCCAUUACACAGAAACUAUGCCUUAUGUGCUAAAGUUUGGGAAGACGUGUACUAUAGCUUGCGUGGUGGUAAGAGACUUAUUAUCAAAUGUUUACUUGAUUUGAGAGAAAUGUUUAGAUUUCAUGAUGUUUACUAUGUAUAUUGCAAGAUUUGGUUGGAUGAUCUUUGUGCAUGGGUGAUUAGUGAUGAUGUGAAUGAAACAUUGAUCAGAGGAUUGGCACAUGAUUUAAAGAAAGAAUAUGAAGGAUUAAGAAAGUCAGAGAUUACUUUUGAAAAAUUGGAUGAUAGUGUUGAACGUGAAGACAUUGAUAUGGAAGGUGAAGAUGAUAUGAUUGCAUUAAAUUUGGAUGAAAUAGAGCAAAUGGCAGAAGAGCUGUAUAGAGCUUAUCAAGAAGGAAAUUAG